GCUCUCGUUCCGAGUGGAGGCCGCGUCGUUUUUCGGGCCUGUCGAGUGUGUUUUCUCCUGUGUUUUGUUUGGGUUCGAUUGUCGCGUCCCUGGUUUUUUCGAGACAGUUUGCUCUUUCGCUGGAUGGUUGUCGUUUGAUGCGAAUGUCCGCCGAGUGCGAAGUCGUCUGUUGCGGGGGUGAAGUGUUACGGUUUCAUGUGCUGGCCGGGUUGACAUGUGAUAUGUAACCCGCGUCGACGAGUUUUGGAUACUUUCAGAGGAUUUUCGUCGACUCAUGGAAAUCUGGUUCCUUCUGCCGAUUCUAGUUACAGGCGUAGCAGGGACGGUAGACGUUCACCUGGAGAACAAAGAUGGCGGAUUCUUCGUGAAGCACGCGACGAAAGGGCACUUCUCGGUUGUGUCCGAGCUAGCAGCGGGGGCGGGGGCGGGCGGGGCGCCUGGGGGCCCGUCCGCCGAAGGGUCGAGCGUCCUGAGCCUGGACCGCUUCACGGUCCUACCGUCCUCCGAGCCGGCGGCCGUCCGCGCUUCCUACGGCCCCUUCUCCACCAAGCAGUCCGUCCCGACGCGCUUCAUCGUCCCCGACCCCAUCCCGUUCAACGCGUCGUCCUCCUCGUCCCUCCAGGAGCUGGAGAUCUCCGCCGGGCACCACCUCGACAUGUCCGCCCACGUCGUCCGCCCGGACGUCCCUCGGGACUCCCCGGUACUUCGCGUCGUCUUCCACACCGGCGUCGACCCCCUCAGCCGGAAGCUCCGCGCCCGACACCAGAGGGUCUGCGUCAUCCUCCACGUGAGCCACGGCGACUACGCACCCUUGACCGCGGCCUGCAGCCCGGACAGCGACGAGGGCUACUGCCUGGCCCAGGUCACGAUCCCUGCCUCCUGGUGGCCGCCCCUUACGCCACCUGACGCCGACGCCAGGGCCCACAAGAGUCCCCUGAGGAGCGUGCAAGUCGCGUAUUCGGUUCUGGAGCCCCGCGGCUCCAAUUCGGAGGACUGUAUCCCGCGCGUGCAGAUUCAACCGGUGACCCCGUUGGCGUCGGUGCCCUUGGUCCAGGCUCGCUCCGCCUACCGCGAGUUGCGAUCCGAUGAUCUGCUUUCCAUUCUGCUGCCGCAUUCCCCGAUCUAUCCGCUGUCGAGGAUACACAUCCCCAUCUUCCUCCAGCUCAAGCACGACUCUACUGUUACCGGGUUCAUCUUGAGGGCGCGAGUGAAAAGUGGGAUGAGGAUUUUGAGUGGGGAGAGCAGUUCUCCAAACCAGUGGACUGUCUCAGUGGAGCUGAGCCCGAAAAAUACUUUGGCCACCCUGACGGCCCUUCGAAGGGACGUUGACUCCCUCAGAGAAGAACUCACCUCCAGUCUGGAGGAGGUGGCGACAGUUUUGGUGGAGGUGGCGCAAGAGGAGUCGGGGGUCUGGGAGGAAGGGAAAAUCGUCUGGAGCGUGCGAUACAUUCACGCCGAGUCAUCUGGUCCCGGACACCGGAAUCCCUCCGAGGAUUCCAAGAAGAAAAUCUCCAGCCGAUUUGAAAUUCAAAAGGACGACAACCAGUCCGUGUUGCCAAUAUCCAAGAACUGGAAUGUGGUGAACACGGCCGUCCUGACGGGGCGACAAGUCUCCCAGGCGAUGAAAGUUUUCACGGUGAGCCAAGCGGGCAAAGUUGCCGACGUUACGCUCCAGUCAACCUGUCAUUCUGAUGACGAAAGCGUUCUCAAGGUAUCGUCCUCCUGCAGCUCAGUCUACGUGGAUGGAACCGAGGUUAGAGGAUCUUCAAAUGCGUCGGUUUUGGUCAAGUAUGACACGUACAUCGGGGUAGCAAAAUUCGUCGUAUGGAUGCCCGAGUUUCCUCUCGAUCUGAAUGUUGCCGAUUUCAAACUCAGCCAAAUUAAAGGCUGGAAAGUUCCUUCAGAGUCCAACCCUACAAGCUCAAUGAAAACAAAGCGGUCUUCAGAUGAGACGAGUGCCAAGAGUAAAAAGCACAGUGGUUGGACCAAUGUGGCGUCAAUCGGUGGAGUAAAUGUCAACACUGUGGUAACAGAAGAUAUCGGCAACUCCAUCGACUCAGAAAAAUCAAACAGCCCCUGUAGGUUGCGGUUCCAGCAAAGUCCAGUAGAGGUUUACGCAAGAUUUCUUGCAACCGACCAUAACUCUGGGAGGGUCAGUUAUUUUGUAUCACGGCAAACAUGGCUUACUGUGACUGAUUUAGUCAUUCCAUAUUUAAGAGUAUCAGAUCCCAGAAUAGCUACCCUGCAAGGAAAAAUUGUACAAGGAAGAAGUGUGGGUAGAACCAAAGUCCAGGUGAUGUCACCGAUCACAGGAAGAGUUUUAGGUUCAACUGAUAUCAGUGUAACAAGUGACAAAGUCAGUCUCACUCGAAUGCGAGUUCAUGUUGUCUCAGGCUUGCAGUUAUCCAUUACUCCUGAUACAAGCAUAGACAAUGGCUUCAUCGCUCAGACGUCUGUGACCAGGAAGCUAACCGCUCAAUAUCAGGAGGGACUACUAGAUAUUGAUCUGGAGUUUAGUGAUGGGAUGCGAACUCCUCUCCAAGACAUUUCUCUAUCGGAUUUUUCUUUGCAAGUUGAAAGUCUUCGACCUGAGGUUGUUGCUUUUGCUCCUCUUGUGACUUCCUCUCAUCCGCGAGUCAUUGCUGUUGGACCAGGAAGCGGUCAGCUGCUCAAAACCAUUUUGCUACCUGCUGAGGUUUGUCAGUUACAGAGGAGUACGCCCCUGGCAACAGCCACUGCAUCCGUUCAAGUUGAUUUCGUCCCAAAUGAUCGUCCUGAAUUCGUUCAAAAUGAUGGUGGCUCUUUAAGCAGCGUCAAAGAGAGAAAACUGCACAAGGAAGAUCUUAAUGACAUUUUGAUCGGAUUACCAUUAAAGGAUGAGAACAACCACGAACCUACUGUUCAAGCAAGGCAGCACCACAACUCUUUCAUGAAUCCACGUAGACAUGGAAACGUUCACCUGUCGCCGCUUGAAAUUGGAAUGUACGUCUUACUGGCUGCAUUCUGCUUCGCCAUCGUAGUUUUUGUUGUUUCCUGCGUUGUUUACGCCUCUAAAUUUAAGCCUCACCCUAAUGAUAUGCCUGACCACCUACCGGAAACAAUACCAGUCUUGGGAAACAACCAUACUUCUGGCAAUGGGUUGAUGAACAUGAAGAGGGACCAUGAGGAACCCACAACAAACGUUCAUGACUGGGUUUGGCUGGGGCGUGCAACCCUUGAAAGAGCGUCUGGCCUGUUGAUUCCAGCCAGUGCCAAUAGACUGAAAUCCAAUAUCAACAAGCAAAUUAGGAUCACUUCCAAUCCAACAUAUGCCGCUGCGCCCAAUCCAGAUGUUGACUUGCAGCUGGGCACCUGUUUUGAUAAUCCAAAUCAUGUAGAGCUUCCCUCACAACAAAACAUCGCUCCUCCUCCUCAAAUUGACUCAAAAACCUACUGCAAGAAAAACAAGAAGCAUCAAACCUCCUCUAAAAUUUUACCACCUUUGCCCCCACUUCCACUUGAGGGUUCAGUAGAAGAUUGUGAAUACAGGCCUCCUGUUCCUCCACAUCGAAACACUCGAAGUUCGAAGCAUCGAAAUGUGGACUCAGUCACUGAACAACCGAAAGAAAAAUCGCACAAAUCUCAUCAUCAUCAUCAUCACCAUCAUCAUCGACAUCGAAACAUAAAUGAAUCAUGUCAUCCUCGCCAUAUAGAUCAAUUAAAAAACGUAAAGAAACAAAACAGCAGUGAAAAACAAGAUACAAUAGCAGCUGAAACAGAGUCAAGUGUUGCAGCUGCAAAGUUUGUAGAAUAUUCUAGUCCACCAUCAGAGGUGAAAAGAGCAACUAUCGUCGGAAAUCCCAUGUUUUCCUUAAAUGACACCGCAUCAGACAAAAAUAAAGAUGACUUAAUAGGAUUAGAAGAUCUAAAUCUUGGUAUGGACUAUCAACAGAUCAUGGAAUAUUUUGAUAAUUUAAAAGAGUCAAAUGCUUAACUUUACCCAUGAAAAUUUCCAUUUUGUUCUGUCUCAUCGGUGCUUCUUGUUUUUCACAAGACUUUGUAACGAUCAAUCCUUGAUCAACCUUACGUAUCAAUUUUAAUCGACUCAAGUGUAAUUUGACUUUUUAAAAUAUCUGUCUGUAUUUUAUUUACUACUUUACUUUGAUUGUUACUAUUUUUUAAUGUAUCUAUGUCUUGAAGUUACUAUGAUACCAUACCACCUAAUUUCUCUGGAUACUUUGUCAGUGUAAGUUAUUUAAGUCAAAUCGCGUAUUACCUGUGGAUCUUAAUUUUUUUCGCUGAUCUCAUUAAUUUUUUAUUCUUUUUGUAAUGUUAUGUGGAUAUCAUCUUCAUGGGAAAGACCUUUUCAUCAUAAAUAGGUUCAUUCUUAAUGAGUGUAUUGUUUCCUCCAUGCUAUUCCAUGGAUAUUAUUAAAAAAAAAGUUGCAUUAGCUAUUAAGUUACCAUCUAUGCUAGAUUUUUUAAUAAUGGAGGCUAAUUUUACACUCCAUAAUUCAAUUUGGCCUUUGUAAGUGAGAAAUGAGAAAAUAAUCAGAGCAUCAAUGAUAACAAAAUAACCUUCCCCUCGGCCUCUCGGUCAAUGCUACCCGAUGGAGUUGACACAGUUCUAAAAAGUUGAGGAAUAUUCUCAAGGGGACCAAAAAUUAGUGAAACUACUUACCAGCCAUCCAACAUUUCUUGCUGCAGUCUCUUCUAAAUUUUAAGAGCAGCUAACAAGUUUGACAUGAUUUUCUCACGUUUCAGUCACUUUGAUGACCUGGACGACAAAUUUCUGUAACGCAACUAAAAUUUUAUGACUUAAUUAUUAUAGAAUCAACAGUUCCUACUAUUGACUUGUAUAAAAGAAAUUCACUGAAUCCAGCAAUUCUGUUUUUGUUUUAUUUUUAAUUUUCAUAUAUUGUUAGCAAAAUGAGCUCCUUUUUUCUGACUGUCCGACAUUUUUUUUUUCAUGAAUUUUCCUUGUAAAUUACUAAGUAUGUAGACUGUUUAGGAAAAAGAGAACUGUUCUUUGUAGAUUAAUGAUGGUACAUGAUAAAAUUCAUAUCAAAAUAAUUAUCAGCUGGAUUCUAAAUCCAUUUUAUAGUGUAUGAAAUUUUUAUUGACCAAGCUAGUUCUGUUCCAUGCUACUUGAUAUUUCCUAUCAUUUACCAACGAUAAACUUGCCAUAAAUGUAAGGAAGAUUUGUUUCCAUUAUUUUCAAAAGAUAUGGAAAAAAACUAACCGGAUAUUAGAAAAACUAUUCUUUCUUGUUCUGAUCGUUUUUGAGCAAGAAUUCUCCGAGUGGAUCAUUCAAAUGUAUUUUUGAAGCUCUUUAAAUUUUAAAGUAUGCAUUUAUUUUUUUACAAGUUUGACUGUUCCAGUUUUUGUAACGUUUCUUCUACUUUAUAAUGCACGUCAGUUACUUUAAAGAGAGAGAGAAAAACAGCAAAAAAAACAAAAGAUAAAAACCAAUAUCAAACAUAAUUCCAGCCACUUCAAGAAAUUUAAUGUAAUUUUUACUCGUUCAGAUUCACUGUGUUUACCUCAUAAAAAAUCAUCAGGAAUGUAAUGAAGUAUUUGUUAGUUUUUUGCUCUCUAUCUUUUACUGUUUAUCGUUUUAAAGGUCUAAUUAUGUUUUGUUAAUUUGUCGUCAUGUUCAAGAAGACAUGACCCUUUGCCAUUUGCAUCUAGUCAUCCUUUACCUUUUAACUAAUUUUAUUUUCUCUCAUUUAGAAAUUUUGUAAUAUUUGUAGAAUAGCAUUGUUUUUAAUUUUUAAACCAUCAAUAAUUUAUUUAUUUCAUAAUCAGUACUAUGAAGUAGACUAUUGUAGAUUAAGCUCUAAUUUAAGGCUAUGAGUAUCUGUUUUCUUGUGUUUUUUUCUUAAACUGCAAAUUUAAAAAUUCAGUGAAUUAUCAACCUAGAAAUCUACCAUACUAAGUAAGAACGCUGCAUGUAUAUUUCAAUCUUGCAAGGAUUGUGCAAUUUUCCGCAACUUCAAAAUUUAUUCAGAAUUAAGUUAUACGCCUUUUGACCUUCGAGACAAAAUGCGUAUUGCGUAUCUAUAUUAUUUUGAAGUGGAUAACUUGCCAAGCGACCCUAGCAACAUUGCAGCACAGUUACGCUUUCUACCCUGGCUGGCAGAAGAUAAAGCAAUACUGACGGACAAGGUUAUAAUUUUGAUUCAAGAACUGAAAAUUUGAGAAUAUUUAAAACCUCAUAAAAAAAUUUUGACUUUGGCACGCUUAAAUAUACCAUCUUACCCUAGUUAAUCUGAUUUUAUCACCUCCCAUGUUUUUGAAAAUCUAAAUCCUCAAGAAGGACGCAUCUUACUCAUAAUUUUUGACCCAUGACUUUUUUCCCCUUUCCUAAGUUAUCACAAUUUUGCUCAUGAAAAUUGAGAGUAACCCGGCUCAAAAUGUAAUUUCCUAUUAUAUCAGCAACGUUUACUUCUUUUGUCGAUCAUUGUGUAAAAGGACAUUUUCAAAAUUCUCCACAAUAUAUUUAGGAGCCUUAUAAGGCGAUGACACAUUUUAAUAAUUGCACGAAAAGUCAAGCUUAAGAAUCUUAUAGACAGGUUUCAUUUGUACUUGCUCAAAAAUUCUACAAGUCUCUGUUAAGCAAAUCUGAUGUUGCAUUACAAAUUGAAUAACAGUUUCCAGUCAUGUUCUGAUAGCAUAUGUCUGUCAUUUCCUAAAAUAUUGCUUGAAGAUACCGAAAAGGGUUGGUUGCCAAAA